AUGCCCUACCUACCCUCCACAUGUGACAUGCCCUACCUACUCUCCACAUGUGACAUGCCUUACAUACCCUCCACAUGUGACAUGCCUUACAUACCCUCCACAUGUGACAUGCCUUACAUACCCUCCACAUGUGACAUGCCUUACAUACCCUCCACAUGUGACAUGCCUUACAUACCCUCCACAUGUGACAUGCCUUACAUACCCUCCACAUGUGACAUGCCUUACAUACCCUCCACAUGUGACAUGCCCUACACACCCUCCACAUGUGACAUGCCUUACAUACCCUCCACAUGUGACAUGCCUUACAUACCCUCCACAUGUGACAUGCCUUACAUACCCUCCACAUGUGACAUGCCCUACACACCCUCCACAUGUGACAUGCCUUACAUACCCUCCACAUGUGACAUGCCUUACAUACCCUCCACAUGUGACAUGCCCUACACACCCUCCACAUGUGACAUGCCUUACAUACCCUCCACAUGUGACAUGCCUUACAUACCCUCCACAUGUGACAUGCCUUACAUACCCUCCACAUGUGACAUGCCCUACACACCCUCCACAUGUGACAUGCCUUACAUACCCUCCACAUGUGACAUGCCCUACACACCCUCCACCAGUCAUUAG